CGAGCCUACGAUAACUGCGUGACUGCCUCGUGUUCUUGCUAUGCGGUGCCUUUGUCGCAGCUCACGUCGUCUCGCGAAGUACGACAGACGCCACUCGCUAUGAAGUCUACUCAUCCAGAGCCGAUCUCCCUAGACGUGGCGUGGCAUAUCUUCAAUCACAGCGAACCCCAUGUCCAGUCCGGGUUCACGCGAUGCUCGCGCACUUGGCAUUCGUUCUUCAACCCCAAGCUUUACCGAAAUGAUGUGAAAACGGGAAAGUACUAUGCCGUUUUCAACACCAUUGCCAACUGUACAGAUACGCGGGUGGCCCUCGCCACGCUCCGGCAUACCUUCCAAGCCGGCGCUGACUACAACAAACCAGCAACCAUGUAUAUGACUGAGACCCAUCGAUAUAGCCCUUUCCUAGUCACGGCCCUGUAUCUGGCGGCUUCCAAGGGCUAUUCUGACAUUGUGUCGUUUCUCCUUGAUCACGGUGCCGAUAUCGAUGGGGUCCCGGACUGCCGGCUACGUACUCCCGUCUUUCUAUCUCUUCUCAGCGGAGACGCCAAGACGUCCAUGAUUCUCCUUCGGCGCGGCGCACGGCUUGAGUCUUCUGAGUUUGGAAUUAACGCCCUCCACCAAGCCGCCGCCGCCGGGCUCACCGAAGUAAUCACGUACCUUGUCGACGAGAAAGGGAUGGAAGUGAACGAGGCCGACAACAAUGGGGACACGCCACUGAUUCACUCCCUGUUGUCUCCAUCGCCAGAAACGGUCAUAGGCCAGCUGGCGCAGUUCGGCGUCGACGUGAACCAGCCUACGACGAUCGACACAUGGCGCAUGACGGCCCUCAGCAUGGCGUGCGAGGACGGCAUGUUCUCCGCCGCCCUGGCACUGUUGAAGGCUGGAGCGGACGCCACGGGCGAGCUGGACGGAUUGGUCGAGGGGGCCGACCCAGC